CACUCGCUGCCUGGCUCGGGCGCAGCCGCGCCCUGCGACACUCCCCGGCCCCAGCGUGGCUAGAACGCUGGCAACAUGGAGCUGAGGAGGGGAAAGACCUUCAUCAAAUCCAGCAUGCAGAUUUCCCACGAGAAACUCAUAGACUCACCAGUCCCUGCACCAGCCAAGGAGGACCCAGGCCCCUGGUCACUCUCACUGGGAGGGCAGCAGAGAUCCUAUGGCGAGAAGAGCUCCCAAACUAGUCCCUGUGCCCAAGGGUAUGGCCGCUGCUCCAACAAGGAGAUACUGUCUGAUCCUGAAGGGGAUCCGGGGCCCCUCGGUGGAACCACCUUCAAGCUGGUGCGGAAAAGCAAGACCCAUGACAGCGUUCCAGGGGCCGCGAAGGCAGCAGCCACUUCAGGGCAGAUGGUGGGCAGCACAAGCUUCCCAGAGACCCCUGGGGGUCAGCGUAUGAUUGACUACCGCCACUUUGUGCCCCAGAUGCCCUUCGUGCCAGCUGUGGCUAAGAGCCUCCCAAGGAAAAGGAUUUCCCUGAAAAGGUCCAAGAAGUGCUUUCGAAACCUGUUUCACAUCCGCAGAAGCAAGACUGAAAACCUGGCCUCACUGUCAGCCAAGGCUAAGAACCCGUCGUCCCCCGGGGUUCCACUGGGAGCUGCAGCACAAGGCAAACCCUUCCUCUCCUCGGGGGAGGGGCUGGGGUUGGACAGCCUCUGCCAGGACCUGUCUGACAGUGAGCUCCUGCCUGACUCACCCUUUGACCUCUGCAGCGCCCUGUGUGAGGAUGUGGCCUCCCUCAAGAGCUUCGAUUCGCUUACAGGUUGUGGGGAGAUCUUUGCAGACGGGAGCUCGGUGCCAUCUGUGGAGCUGAAAGAAGGCCCAGAGAGCCCAGCCCGUUCACCCCAGGCUCUGGACAGCAAGACUCCCCGUGGCCCCUCCCAGGGGAGUGUGGAACAACUCGCGUCGCCUGCCCAGAACGAAGCAUCGGACUUCACCAAGUUCUGGGACAGCGUGAAUCGCUCUGUGAAGCAGCAGCAGCGUGCCCUGCUAGGUCCGUGGUUGACGAGCUCCCAGGGGACAGACGCAGACCGGCCCAGGCUAGACACAUCCGGGUUAGCGGAGCUACCCCUUUUCCCUUGCAGGGGUCCCCCCAGCGGCUCCAAAGCCAGCUCCGUAGACACGGGUACCCCCAAAAGCGAACAGCCGGAAUCUGUGUCCACGAGCGAUGAAGGCUACUACGACUCCUUCUCACCCGGCCUUGAGGAAGAGAAAAAGGAAGCUGCGAGUCCGGGCACGCCUGCAGCCGCCUUCCCCAGGGACAGCUACAGCGGGGACGCGCUCUACGAGCUCUUCUAUGACCCCAGCGAGGCCCCCGUUGGCCCAGUCCUGGAUGACGACCUGUGCGUGUCUGAGAGUGUCUCGGGGCCUGCCCUGGGCACCCCGCUGUCCAUGUGCAGCUUCCACGUGGGAGCCGAGGAGAACCUGGCCCCAGCCCCAGGCCCUGACUUGCUCAGCCAGGGCUUCCUGCAGAGUACCUGGAAGGGCAAGGAGUGUCUGCUGAAACUGUGUGACACAGAACUUGCCAUCACCAUGGGCAUUGUCAACUGGCUGCGCAGGACCCCACCUGCCCCCGCCUCUACACCCGCUCCUACCCCUGCCCUCGUCCUUAGGGAGCCCGCUGCCCCACCUGACCCCCACAGGGUCCUCAGGGGACCAGCGGUGACCCUGGAAGGCAGGGAAGAUCAGGCCUUAGAUAUGGGCAAGGCGGUGGCAUGCUUGCCACCCAGCAGGCAGGAGCCCCGGGCACACCCAGGAACCAAAGACGUUCUUGUUAGAGAGCACGAGGCCCAAGGGGAGUCUGCAAGGGUUGCUAAUACCACAUCUAACGAUGGCCCGCUGGAAGAAGGGACACAAGGUCUCUCUGAGGGCUGGUCCUCCUCCGCAGCUACCGCGACAAUGGGCAUUUCCAGGAAAUGCAAAACUGCGAACCCUGGCGCCUGGCCCAGCUCUCAGAAGGAACUGGGUACUCCUGGGGACCUGGGGCGUUCCCAAGGCCCCUUAAAACCAGGGCAUGCGGGAAGCGCUCUUGACCCAGGGCGCAUGCUUGUAGGCUGCGUGGCCCGCGUGGCAACGCUGCAGCUCUACCCAGACACCGGUUCUCCAGGACGGGAUAGUAGGGGCAGCGGGCUCUUUUGGAAGCCUCAGGCCUGGGGUCCCAACGCUGUGCAAAAGAAGCCGACUAGCAGCAACCCCAGCGGGGCAGCUGUCUGUGGCCUCUCUUCCCCCAUCAGCCCACAAGACCAGAGAUGUCACGACCUUUUCCUGGACCUGGGCCAGCUCAAGUUGGAACCCUCCAGGCUAGGCAGCCAGGCCUGUGCCUCUGUGGACAGCCAGCCUCAGCAGCUUAGCCCCAGGUCUCUAGAGCAGGCACCACACAGGGGUUCAGUGGGGUCCUGAGCUGCUCUGUGCCCCUGAUGCCCAUUAAAGCCUCUGUGUGGCUAUCACCCAGAAAUCCUGGGCCUUUCCUUGGGCAGCAAACAGUGGUAAACUGCUCUUUCACAUGUGCCACAAAACGUCGCCAGUGGCCUCCUGGCCUGACAAGGACUUCUUGUGGGUAAUCAGAAGUAGGGGCUUACAAGCCAGCAGUGGCCCAGCCUAACCCACAGGACAGGCUCUUAUUCUUCAGGAGCUCCAUCUACACAACCUCAUCCAGGAGAACCAAGGCCAGAAUCUUCAUCUUUGUUUUUCCUGCUGUGAGACUGAGUAGAGAAGGCAGGGCUCAGGCACACUGGGGUGGGGCUCAGGCAUCUGGGGCUGAUAGGGAGGUGGGGUGGGGUGGGGUUGGGGGAUGAGAUGAGUUUUACUCCCUGCCUGAGCCCAGGAGUAAAAACUGCUGGACUCUGUCCAUGCUUAGCUGCCCCCUCAUGCCAUAGGACAGGCUGGUAGGUGAGAAGGCAGUUCACGUUGUACAUAAAGACUGUGGUGGCCGAGCCUUCUGUUUGAGGUACACGAAAAGGAUGAGGGCCACAAGGACCCACUGGCCUCAUCCAAGCCACAGCACACUGCGGUGUCACAGUGCCUCUCUUUGGGAAUGACAAGGACCGACCGGCUCUCUCUCAGCAAGAGUCUGGAGGCAGCCAGCAUGGUGAAUGUGCACAGCCUUGCAGAGGACAACCAGACCCUGCCGAGUCCACGCUGCCAGGUUCUGUCAUGGGUCGUUCUGUGCAAGAGAUCACUUCUCUCGACUUGUUCUCUGAGGCCUUGGGCGGGAGAGUGCCCGCUCUUCUUCCCACCUGUGCCAGUCUGCCUUGGAGCUGCAAAGGCCAUGGCUUCUGCCCCCUUUCCCACUGUCAGCAUUGUUGUCUCUUCCCCAAGGGAACCCACCGUCACCCCUAACCCAAAAGUAACAUGUGUGUGGCACCCAGGCAUUCAGAGUCAUGACAGGACCUGGUGGCUGCUGUGAAUAUCUCUUCUGACCCAGCGUGAGGGCAUGGGCGGAGAGCCCAUCCUCACCAUCAAGGAUUUGACUCUACCUCAGCCAAAAUAACAUGGCAGCAAUCAGAGGGUGAGGGUGUGACAGGUUGCUGUAAAAUUUGUCACCAGGAUCAGGCUUCGGGAGAGGCAGAGCUUCGUAUAGAUAGAGCUUCUGCGGAGAGGUGCAGGAAUUCCAGGCAAGCACUGUGGGCCUAUCUGUAGGACAUCGCCCGAAUGCCUGAUGCUUCACUUCAGGCUAGAAAGUCUCUUGUGGCCACUGGCAUCUCUGAGGUUGCCUGCCAUGUGUGAGAUGAGGGUGAUGGAUAUGUAGGUUAAAAGCUGGCACCAAUGUUGUGGCCAUGUGCCCGGAUGCAAGAAGCACAUGACCUUUCACCUGGGAAGCCAUGUCCCAUCCUCCUAGGCCCCAGACUCCGUCAUGACAUUGUGAUGACAUCACAGCUUGCCUUGGAGUAAGUGACAAACAGAACAUUCUGUGUGACCCCUGCAGCAGUCUGAGGUAAAUCUUAUGCUUGUUUUUAGACCUGGGGACUGGGUUCAUCUUGUAUGACCUUUCUGUGGACACACGCACACACUAUCUGUGUGCAGAUAGUGGGGUUCAGAUCCCCUCCAUACCCUACUACAAAAGCUUUGCUCUGAGGCGGGUCCUGGAACACUCCUCUGGUUUCGCUCAGCUGACACUCCCACAGCCUUUCUUCUUUCAGGCCACAGAUGCCUGAGCACCCUCGGUGCCAGCUCCAUGUCUUCUGGAAGGAGGCUGAGAGCUCGGCACCACCCUAGCUUGAGGCCGCCCUAGCCCCAUCACAGCCCCGGGGCUUUGCACUGUACCUGACAGAGAAAGGGCUCAGUAAAUGACGUUUUUGGAAAGACCGUAGUGUCGAGAAGUUGUGUGUUCUUUUCUGCUUUCUUGGUGACUCUGGACCUCACAUUUAGAAACAGUUUUGAGGCUCAACAGGAACCUG